UCAGCUGGCCCAUUCGAGCUCAUCUGCAGGGACGCGUGCGAUCAGCCCGAGAUCGUCCACUAUUACAAUAACAAAUUAACAACAGUUGGCUUGAACACGCCAGUCGACAUUUUAGUGAAAGGGACGGAUCGCCCACUUGCAAUUAGGGUGUUUGGCGACUGCUACCCGGCUAAUAUUGUUUUCCAGUGGCUCCACUUCAUUCCGCUGCUACCUUACCACUGAAUGGACAAAAGCAACAUAACGAUAACGGACGUUAUCAGAAAUCCGCCCACUGCGACGGGUCUCAAUACAACUAGGGUUGCAGGUGCAUCAGCUGCCGGAGGAACGAAUGGCGCGUCACCUGUUGCACCAUCUGGUCCCACGUCCACUCUGAACGAUGAAGAGAAGAGAACGUUACGAUUGUUGGUUCAACAUGUCGCGAGAAAGUUUUAUGAUGUCGAUCAAGUGGUCGUUUUGGAUCAGUUGGCUAAACACGAUGUCCUCAAAGACGAGGACCUUGCGGGUCGCAUAGGAACGAAUGCCAAAGAUACGGCAAAACGUCUUGCAAAGCUUAUGAGUGCCAGGCUGGUUUCGAGGUGAGAUUCAAUUCAUGUUAUUCAUCCCACCAUUCUUUAUUCGCUUGAUCACAUUGGGGCAAGUGUCAUACACAGAAUGAGCAGAAAGAUC